AUGAGAACCCACCACGCCUUCGCCUUCCUGCUGCUUUUCGUCAUUGCCUCCGGGGCCUCGGAGAACGCCAGCACGUCCCGGGGCUGCGGCCUGGACCUCCUGCCCCAGUACGUGUCCCUGUGCGACCUGGACACCAUCUGGGGCAUCGUGGUGGAGGCGGUGGCCGGGGCGGGCGCCCUGAUCACGCUGCUGCUGAUGCUCAUCCUGCUGGUGCGGCUGCCCUUCAUCAAGGACAAGGAGAAGCGGGAGCCCGUGGGCCUCCACUUCCUCUUCCUGCUGGGCACGCUGGGCCUGUUCGGGCUGACGUUCGCCUUCAUCAUCCGUGAGGACGAGACCAUCUGCUCGGUGCGCCGCUUCCUCUGGGGCGUCCUGUUCGCGCUCUGCUUCUCGUGCCUGCUGAGCCAGGCGUGGCGCGUGCGCAGGCUGGUGCGGCGCGGCAAGAGCCCGUCGGGCUGGCAGCUGGUGGGCCUGGCGCUGUGCCUGAUGCUGGUGCAGGUCAUCAUCGCCGUCGAGUGGCUGGUGCUGACGGUGCUGCGCGACGCCAAGCCGGCCUGCGCCUACGAGCCCAUGGACUUCGUGAUGGCCCUCAUCUACGACAUGGUACUGCUGGUGGCCGCCCUGGCGCUGGCCCUCUGCGCGCUCUGUGGCAAGUUCAAGAAGUGGAAGCAGAACGGCGUCUGCAUCGCGGUCACCGCUUUCCUCUCCGUGCUCAUCUGGGUGGCCUGGAUGACCAUGUACCUGUUUGGCAACGCCGAGCUGCGGCAGGGAGAGACCUGGGGGGACCCCACCUUGGCCAUCACCCUGGUGGCCAGCGGCUGGGUCUUCGUCAUCUUCCACGCCAUUCCUGAGAUCCACUGCGCCAUCCUCCCGGCCCCGCAGGAGAACACGCCCAACUACUUCGACACGUCGCAGCCCAGGAUGCGGGAGACGGCCUUCGAGGACGACGUGCAGCUCCCGCGGACCUACAUGGAGAACAAGGCCUUCUCCAUGGACGAGCACAAUGCAGCUCUGCGGACGGCAGGAUUUCGCAAUGGCAGCCUUGGUAGCCGCCCCAGCGCCCCGUUCAGAAGCAACGUGUACCAGCCCACUGAGAUGGCCGUUGUGCUCAAUGGCGGGACUAUUCCAACCGCUCCGCCAAGUUACACGGGAAGACACCUCUGGUGA